AUAACUCUUUUAGUGGAACCAAUUAGCACUAUUCCAGGAUACUUUUUGACUAACACACUACAAGGUAUAACUUUUAACUGUUAAUUUUUAUUGACAUUCUUGAAAUGGCAAUGCUCUGUUGGUCUUUAUCUGCAUUUUUUUAAUAUUAACAUUCAAAAAUUUGCUUAAUUGUCUUAUUCUAAUAUUAUUUUAUUAUUACCAUAACUUCUCUCCCUACAAGAGUGAUGACAGUUCUUAUGGCAAAAUUUAUAUAUAGGAGUAAAUGAUCUAUCAUUAACACUCAUGUUUAUUUGCUUAUUUCAAUGUUAUCACAACAUGGCCAUGCAUACAGUCAAUAACUUAAUACAUGUUACUUUGCUCUCCUUUUACUUUACCCUGAGAGCAGAGGCUACAUUUUCACAAAAAUGUGGCCUCUGCUCACAGGGUACUUUAACUUCUUCCCCCAACAACUUUUUGGAGUCUCAUGUGCGUGGCUGUCACUUAGCUUUUAAGUUGCCAGGUGAAUGCAGUCAGUAGGUGGGGAAUUAAAUAGCAAGGAAUUUAUGCUCAUAGUACAGUGAAACCCUGCCUUACGGCCACCUCGUCAAUAUGGCCAAUGCUUUUGGCCCAUUGGUGACCAUAUUAAAGGGGUUCCACUGUAACUGGGAAAAUCUCCCUUAGUGGCAGCACUGCCCGUGUAAGGUAACAUUUCAAGUGGACCUCAUCAGGAAGGAGAAGUUGUUUUGACAUUAAAAAUUUCAUUAUUUUCAUUUUCAUUUUCUUUUUCACCAGCUAUCAAUUACAUAAAAAAGGUGGAUCAUAGUAACAUGAAACUUCAGUUGGUAAGUUAAAAAACAAGGAACAAGAGCAAUAUUUUUCAGUUUAUAAGCUGUGUUAUAUCCUCACCAAUUUAAUGGAUAUGACUUACAUCAAGUUGAAUUGAUUUAAAGUUUGACUUGACUAAAUUUAUGGGCUCUUAAGACAAAACUUUUAAAGAAAUGUAUACUUUGUUAAAACAAUAGUUUUUAUGAGGUGUGGAGGUGAGCUGCACGGACUUAUUAUUAUAACUCACCCAACUUGGUUUUCUUGAAGGUUUAUUAUUAUUUUUUUUUUAUAUAUAGGACAUGUUUCACCAUCAAAGGACAAGCGGAAACUUGACCCAAACCCUGAUUGACUCUAUGCCAUAUAUUGGUACUGUUGUUGUACAAAUAUUACUAUUUGCCUUUACACCACAGCUGAAACUAAACUUCUACUAGUUAAGUCCCUCUGUUAGCUAGUGCUGAAAUCCUUGUUCUGGUCCCCAGCUUUGUACCAGGAUUUGAGUAUGCACAAUGGUUGGUUUGUCUGAAAAAAGCAUUGUUUGAAUGCGUAAUAAGGUUAGAGGAACAUUCUGAGAGGGACUUUCGGUAAUUUGUCAAGUCAAUUAGGAGCCUAGAGCAAGGAUCUUGGCGCUGCUUUGCAGGCAUUACUUACAUGGGUUAGAUAACAUCUGCAGGCUAUAUUACUAUAAAAAAAAUUUCACAGUUAUUAAAUUGUGCUGGAUAAUGAUCACUGCUUUAAUUUUUAAAUUUUACUCUUAAAAAAUGAAGUUCUUGUUUGGGUGUGUAGAAACAUGUUGAAUUUGUUUUCUUUCAGGACAUAUUCAAAUAAGCCAAGUCCCAUCUCGUAAUGAACCAGAUUCUGAUGGUGAAAUAAACUACCCCUACAUAUUCCAUCAGAUCGCAAAAUUA